AUGGCCUUUCCUUCAACCCUUCUUGUCAUCACUCUCGGCCUAUUCAUCGCUGUCACUAUGCCAUCAUCUCAAGCCUUCAUAGUCAAUAAUUUACCUAUCGGUAACAUUCAAACAGGGGGCACCAUUUGUUGCACUGAUGCUUCUAUUGCCACGGCUAAAACAUACAGACCGAUCCCACGAGCACUGGUUGAGCUGCUCUGUGGACGCGGCUCCACUGAAGUAGUGCUGAGUCGGGGUGUGACCGAUCUUGCAGGCGUUUACUUCUUUGUCCUCUCGGUGGCUGAUACCUUACUCAUUGACCCGGCCAAGUGCUAUAUUCGCGUCACCAUACCACCAAACACUUGCACUCUCUCGGUCCCUAAUGGUUUCCUUCAGAUUCCUUUGGUGGUGCUUAAUGUUGUCCAAGCCUUGCUUGGAAACAUACUGUUUUUCGGUCAAGGUCCUUUAACCUAUGUGCUCCCGUAA